AUGGCCCCCAUUUCGCUGCAGUCUACCUAUACGUUGGUCUCGGGCUACGAGAUCCCCGUCGUUGGGUUCGGAGUUUACCAAACUCCCUCCGAUGUCACUGAGAGAGUGACACGCAAGGCCAUUGAGCUCGGAUACCGCCAUGUCGACAGCGCCAAGGUCUACGGAAAUGAACUGGAAAGUGCCGCCGCCAUCCGCGGGUCUGGACUUGAUCGCUCCAAGAUUUUCUAUACUAGCAAGGUGCCCUCGAAAUGCAUGGGAUACGAGAAGGCAAAGAAGGCCAUCGAAGAAAGCAUCGCUGCAGCAAACCUUGGCUACAUUGACCUUAUGUUGAUCCACGCACCCUAUGGCGGUAAGGAGGCCCGCCUCGGUACAUGGCGCGCACUCGUGGAGGCCCAAAAGGCAGGCCAUGUCCGCUCGUUGGGUGUGUCCAACUUUGCUAUCCAGCACCUCGAGGAGUUGGAAGAAUACAUCAAGAGCGGAGCGGGUGGGCAGAUCACUGUCGGUCAGUACGAGAUCCACCCGUGGUGCCCGCGCGAGGACAUUGCGGAGUGGCUGCAGAAGCGCAACAUCGUUGUGGAAGCAUACUCUCCCCUCGUGCAAGCGACUCGCAUGAAGGAGCCAGUUCUACAGAACCUGGCUAAGAAGCACGGUAAGACCGAGGCACAGAUUUUGGUCCGCUGGAGUUUGCAGAAGGGAUAUGUGCCCCUGCCUAAGUCAGUGACCGACUCUCGGAUUCUAGAGAACUCGCAGGUCUUCGACUUCACACUUUCGGAUGAGGACAUGGCCAGCCUGAAGCUCAACACGUACGAGCCAGCAGUCGCUGCCACGGUUGCCCCCACUAUGCCGGAUGAGCCGCGUCGCAUCAUCUUGGAGAAAUCCAAGACCGUUAAACGCCGGUACCAGCGCAGCAACCAACGAUUCCAGUUCACCGCAUCCCAGAUCGCACGGCUAGAUCGCGAGGAGGAGCGAGAAAAGAAAGCAAAGAAGCUACGCGAGAAGGAAAAGAAACGCAUUGCCAACAAGAAACGGAAAGCCGAGCAGGAGGCGCAGGCGCGUGAGGAGCGGAAGCGUCGCGGCAUCCCGGAUCCCCAUGCACCCCGCGUCCCGUCGAGUCAGCCACUGCUGUCAAUGUUCCUAGGGGCUGGGAAGCGACAGCCACCUGCUGUACCGGAGUCUGCGCCUACGGUUACGGAGCUCGAAUCACAUGAUACCAAUUUGGGGAGCGCGAGUGGAGAUACGGAAGCUGAAUCGGAUGCCUUCGACGAUUUGGAUGAGGUAUUGGAAAAUGACCUAUCUGAACUUCAAGAGGCAGGUAUCCUGAAUGAGCUUGAAGGCCAGGAUAUCGACACCGCGACCCGGGCCUCAUUCAAGGAUGAGGAUGAGUUCUCGGACUGCUCGGUGUUCGACGACGAAGAAGUUAUGAAAAAAGCCGAGACGGCUGUUACCACGCGAACGACUGACGAAGAAACGAAGGGCCCCUCUAUACCCAAAGAACCAUCAUCUCUACGACCUGCCCCCGCUGUGCUCACGCUAGAAUCAUCUUUCGGCGAAUCGUUCCAGUACGAUGCCGCCGAUUUCCUUGAAGCUGAAGCAGCUAUUAUCACACAAAUGAGUAGUCAUGGAACGAAAGACCCUUCUCCACCCAAGGACCACUGCCUUUUACAACCUCCUUUGCCUGAUCGACCAUGCAGUAGACCCACAUUGGCGUCUUCUUUUGGAGAUUCCUUUCGAGACGAGACUGCGGAUUGGAUUGAAGAAACAUUUGCCCACGGAAGCGGCGACCCUUUUGACGAACUCAAUAAAAGCCUUCCUUGA